AUGCUGCCUAUUGGCAAACCCACUGUGGCUGCUCCGAUCCCGCCUUCUCGCGCAUGUAGUUUACGAGAUGCCGGCCGCAUCUCAGCCCCUCUGUUUCCCAGGCAGCCGCUGCUUGUAGCGACAGAGGAGGCGCCUCAACAGCAAGAAGAAGCUUCUUAUUCUCAGCUGCAACAACACUGCGCUCCUCCACGUCGAAAAAGAAGACAUAUUUCAGAAAGCAAAUGCUUCCACCACGCAGCAGUUGCCGGCUCUGUUCCUCCCUCUAGAACCUCAGUAGUUCAAUUCUGUCCAGACACCGCAGCUCCUGGGAACCUGAGGGCUCUGGGUGAUACUUCGCCACUCUCCAGUUCCCCGGACUUGACCGAAUUUCAGCAGCAGCUCUUAGGUAAGACAAAUGCAUUUCUUUUAGCAGCAAAGGACGCCAAACGCCUUCCUGUAGUGGGCCGCUGUGGCGGCACGACGAACGAAUUCAAUGCAAAAAUGCAGCAGUUGUCUCAUGCUAGAGAAGAGAAGAAGGAUGAUGAAUGGGGUGUACAGCCGACAGCUGGUGGGCCGGGACGACAGCAGACAGCGCGGGUUCAGCUGCUGGGCCCCCUUUUCCGCAUUUGUUUGCAGUUUAUGUUUCUGUUAUUUCAGGGAGUUCAUGAAGUGGCUGCUGUGUGCUGGUGGCAGACUCUGGGGUGGUCGUUGUGGGUGUUCAGUAGCCUGUGCUGCCGCUGCACCGUUUUCCUGCAUUUGUUGUCCUCUGGGGUGUCUCGGGAGGUCGAUGGCAGCAACAGCACUCUGGUGUUUGCCUCUGCAUCACUUGCUAAACUUUUGCAUCUCUCAACUUCUUUGCUGGAGAGCAGCGAGGCAUCAGUUGCAGCAGCGGAGUCCCGGACUGCACUUAAAACGCUUUCUUCUCGAAGGGCGGCUGUACAGACAGCAGCACAGCUGGGAUGCGUCAGCACAGCGAUGAUGCGCCACUUAAAAGAUUUCUUCUACACGAAGGCUGCGGCUGCAGCUUGGAGGGAAGAGCAGCAGAAGAAAGAGAGGCAACAAAUAUAUGAAGAAGGGAGCGUUGCACUGACACCUGAAGAAGCACUCGCUACAGCCCUUGCAACAGCAGCAGCAGCAGGAGCAGCUGCAACAGUGGCAAAAACAGCACUGGCAAAAGGAACACCAGAAGCAAAAGGAACAGCAGCAAAAGGAGAUGCAGAAGCAGCAGCAGCAGAAGACGAAGACGACACCUCAAGGUUGGAGCCGUCGCUUCCCAGCCAAAGUUAUGGCGGCUGUCUUCAUGCUUCCGAAGAGAGUUUUGGGGGCAUGCUGCGUCGCUUUUAUGGCAACUUUUUGGUUUUUCUAUUCCCUCUGUCUUCAGCUGUUGUCUCUGAUUUAUAA